AACUGACUAUGGUUGGAACAAUAAGGUCCACACGUAUUGGAGUUCCACAUGAACUAAGACCUAACAAACAGAGACAGCCUACAUCGUCUCUGUUUGCCUUUCACAAAAAAAAGACCCUCGUCUCUUAUUGUCCAAGAAGAAACAAGGCAGUUGUGUUGCUCUCAACAAUGCAUAACGACGAUGCAAUCGAUGAAGAAACUGGACCGAAGCAAAAACCUGAAAUUGUAAGUUUCUACAACAAGACAAAAAUAGGUGUUGAUGUUGUAGAUCAAAUGUGUUCCAAGUAUGAUGUUGCUCGUAACACUCGACGGUGGCCAAUGGUGGUGUUUUUUGACUUGAUAAACAUCUCAGGAAUAAACGCCCUUUGCAUUUAUAAGUUCAACAAUCCUGAAGAAAAGUAUAUGCCGAGAAGAGUCUUCAUUCAACAUGUUGCCUGGGAACUGAUCAAACCGCAAAUCACCCAACAGAAUGCAGAGUGCGACAAUUCCUGUGCAAAUGAAGAAGAGAGGACUGGCGCUCCUAGGACUUGA